CAAAAUUCCACGAAGCAUAACUGCAUAACUUGUCUUUCUUCUCCCCCCUAAAACGCCAUGCUUUUUUCUCCCCUCUAUUCUACUGCAAAUUAAUAUCCAUUCGCGAACAAUCUUCACAACCACAUUCUCUCGAACACUUUCAUAAACCCUAAUUUCCAACCCUAAUUCUUCAAUUUCACCUCAUCUAUCUACACUAAUGGCGAAUUUAUCGACACUCUACUCUCCAACCUACAGAAAAGCUUCUUUAUACUCCCUAAAACCUUCGAAUUACCCCUUCAAUUGCUCCUCCUUCCUCCAUAAUCAUAUUAGGUUUUUGAAAUCAUCAACAAGAUUUAAACGGAAAACCUUCAGAAUCAUCUGUUCUAGCUCAUCUUCAUUGAAGGAUUGCAGUAAUACCGGCGCUAAUAGUAAUAGCGAUAUCACCGACAUAUGGACUGAUUCUCACUUUGUCGAAGUUGUCGGCAUUGGUAGUAGAGUUGAUUCUAUUCUUGAUUUUUGCCUUAGUUCCUCUUCAACUCCGCAAUCAUUGAGAUUUUGGAAUGUUAUCAAGAGAGAAUCGUCGCGAGGACAAUUACGUCAAAGAGUUCUUGAUAAAGAUGACUAUUCAAGCAUUGCGGAGGUGCCACUAAAUCAGCAAUUACGUUCGAAGGCUGUUGUUCUUGUGGCAAGUGCAGGCUACGGUGAUGAUUAUGUUACGGCUACUGAUAUCCUUAGGACAAUUAGAUCCAGUGGUGGCCUAGUUGUUGCUGUUAUAGUGAAGCCUUUUAGUUUUGAAGGGCAGAGACGCCAAGACGAGGUCAAGAAUUUGGUGGAUAGACUGCGGGGUUCUGUGAAUUUCUGUAUAGAUAUUGACAUUGACACCUUGCUGAAGAUGGAUUUGGUCACUCUAGAUGAAGCUCUGAAGACUGCAUAUCAAGCUGUUCUGUCAGCUAUUAGUGCGGUUUCCAUUCUUGUAUCUGACACACACAAAAAGCACAUGUACUCUUUGCAUGAUAAUGUGACAGACAUUACCAUUGGUGAAGUUAUAAAAGUCUUGGAGAGCUAUAGGGAAGGAAGAGUUGGAUAUGGUGUUGGCCAUAACAUCAAGGCUUCAAUUGUAAAAGCUGUCUAUGACUGUCCUUUCCUCUCCAUCGGACUAAAGGAGCUUGACGGGGUCGUUGUAUGCAUUUUUUCAAGCUCCUCAGCCAUUGGAGAUACUGAUGUAUGUACUGUUAUACGUACUUUCCGUGAAGUAACAGAGUGCACCAAAGAAGUCAUACUUUCGGCUGUUCAAAAUCCUGAUUUGGAGCCCAACUUGAUAGCGACAACUGUUAUAAGGGUGGGUGUUUCUGAAAGUAAGUCCGUCCAGAACAGCAGCAUCUUUUCUCGACUGGCAGAUAGUGUUCCCUUUGUUUUCAACUUUUUGCGGAGGCAUAAUAUGCAAUCAGGAAAAUCUGCGGAAAACAGCCUCAGAGAGAAUGUAUUUCCUCCCAUGCUGGCAAACUUUAUGAAUGAGAUGCUUCUGGAUGAAGAUUUUAAUGAAAAGGAGUUUGUAGAUGGUAAAGCAGACAAGGUUCAGUAUCUAGAUUCUGAUGGUGAUUCAUCUAAAUCUAUAGAACAAGAUGAUGAAGCCCAAACUUUUGGAAGGAAGCUACUCAUCAAUAGGAAUCUUAGGCCUGGAUAUAGAAUAGCUCAAGAUUGGCAUGACGAAGAGAUGAGUAUCUCUGGAGCCGAUCCUCUCGCUGAUAACCCAAGAAUUUUUCAUCUUCCAGUUGGUGUUAGACUUUCUAGUGACUUACAAGACACUUGUGAUAAAUCAAAUAUUAGUUGGCCAGCAGAAGAUAAUAAUGAUGAAGAUGUUCAAAAGCAAGCAUCAGCUCUUUCAAGUGUCCCACCUCUAAAUGGUAUUUCCGAUGGGGGUCUUGAUGCAGUAAGUGGCCUUUGGAAUAGUGCAUCAGUUCUAUUGAAACGAAAACAACCUAUUGUUUCUAAGAAGCAAGGAGUUCUUUCUGCACGCGCGGCAUCAAUGCUGGAAUCGGAACGGGAUACUAAAACGAGAUGGAGCCCAGUGAUGGAAAUUCGGUACAGAGGAGGAGCCUACAAGGGCCGUUGUCAGGGUGGUCUUCCUGAAGGCAGGGGUCGUCUUACCUUUCUGGAUGGUACUGUGUAUGAUGGAAUGUGGCGGUUUGGGAAGAGAUCAGGAAUGGGCAGCUUGUUCUUCAGUAAUGGAGAUGUUUUCCAUGGAUCAUGGAGGGAUGAUGUUAUGCACGGCAAGGGUUGGCUCUACUUCCAUACUGGAGAAAGAUGGUUUGCCAAUUUUUGGAAGGGGAGAGCUAAUGGUGAAGGGAGAUUCUAUUCCAAGUCCGGAGAGGUCUUAUUUGGCCAUUUUCGAGAUGGUUGGCGACAUGGCCAGUUUUUUUGUGUCAAAGUUGAUGGCACAAGGUUUGUUGAGAUAUGGGAUGAUGGCGUUCGUAUGAGCUCUGAAGAGUUGGACACCUAGCAUGUCCUAGAAGGCAGAAGCGAAGUUCCACUCAUGCUUCACAGCGGUCUUCUUUCGUCUUGCCCAUAAGUGGUUGCAUUUCGGUUGAGUGGUCAUAGAUUGUAAGCCUAAUGUCCUUGUCUAUAAUGUAUAUAUUUGUCAUGUUUGAUUCUAUUGGGUUUAGCGGCAAAAGAAAGAUGUGAAGCAUAGAGUACCAUUUAUAGGGUCAUAGAAGAGCCAUUAUUUUAUCUUCCCCCUGUAAUAUCGUAACCUAAUGUAUAUAGAGCUUGCUAGUUACUUUCUGUAUAUGUUUUUCCAAA